AUGUCGGUUGCCGGCAUCCCCAAAGCUUUUGCCCCGAAGAUGCCUGCCCCCUCGGCUGAAGGGAGGCCCCUGCACGGGCCCCUCCACUUCAGGACCCACCAGUGUCCUGAGAAGCAAAACCGAGAAGAAUUUGUUCAGAUCCAUUCAUCUCUUCAGAUCCCUCCUGGAGGAGCUGGGGGCAGCAUUUUGCAGGGCACAUUGGUGCAGCGAAGACUGGCAAAGCAGCAAAACGGGGUUGGGGGCUCCUCCAGCACCCCUCCGUUUACCUUCCCAGCCAGGCAAAGUCACCCUCCUCUCCCCAGGGAUCUAGGAAUCCCUGCCCAUCUCGCAGGAGCAUUGCCCCCUCUCCCUUUAGAAGCCAAGCUGGCCCUGCAAGGCUUAAACUAUUGUGACCCAGGCCCAUGCAUAAACUCUGCCGGGAAGCCCUCCGGCUCAUUUUCCCACCAUGAGGAGCUCACAAACAGCACCUUCCUGAGGAGGAAGACGGGGCCCUCCAGAUACCCCACCCCAGAGAGUCUGAAGCAGAUGCCAGAACAGCCCCUGGAUGCUCUGGCUCCCAAGCUGGCUUUGCCCUCAAAGGGGCCCUUCUUGGGGCCCACCGCACGACCAGCCCCUCCUGCCAGGAAGAAGCAGGAGAACCAGCGGCUGAAGCUGGCCACCGACCCCAGGCCCUUUGUGGAGAGCCGGCAGCCCUCGGAGGAUUUGGGGGAAGGGCUCCCCGGGUCUCUGGAUGAGAAGCCCACCCUGCCUGUGGGAGAGGGCAGGGAAGGUAGCCUCGGCGUGACCACCCAUUCCUCGCUCCAGAUCUCUCCUUUCACAGUUCUGCCGGCGGCGACCGGGGGUCCUGGCGCUUCUCCUCCAGGGGUGACUGAGACCCUUGAAAAGGAAGCCGUGAUCUUGCCCAACAGUACCCCCCAGAGUGCUGAGGCUGAGGCUGAGGCUGUGAAGGGGAGAUCUUCCUCCAGGGAAGAGGGUCAAGAAGUGACUUCUGCCAUCGUGAGCCCCCCGAAACAGCUGCCGAGGUUUGUGGGGGGUCAUGGAUGCACCUUCCAAUGCAUUUUGCUGGAGCUCUUUUCCUUGGUCUGCCCGCCUCCUUCGAGAUGUGGGCUCUCAGCCCAGGACUCCCCGGCACCCAGUCUCUGCAGCGUGAAUUUCUCUGAACCGGAGGGCUACAUCGACUCAGCCGAGGCUCCGCUGGUGCCCCAGAAUGACUUCCUGGAGUGCAUCUUCCGUGUGACAGUGUACACCGGAUAUGGUGUGGAGCUGCAGGUGAAGAGCGUGAACCUGUCUGAGGGGGAAGUGCUGGCCAUUCGCGGGGAGGACGAUGGCCACUUGGUCACGCUGGCCAAUCAGACCCUCCUGGUAGAAGGCCAGGUCAUCCGCAGCCCCACCAACACCAUCUCCGUCCUCUUCCGAGCCUUCCCGGAUGGCCUUGGGACUUUCCAGCUGCAUUAUCAAAUAUUUAUGCUGAGCUGCAGCUUCCCACGGAGGCCCAAUUUCGGGGAGGUGGCCGUCAUGGGCCUGCACUCAGGGGGCCUGGCUCAUUUUAACUGCCAUCUGGGCUACGAGCUGGAGGGGCCCCAGACCCUGACCUGCCUCAAUGCUUCCAAGCCGCAGUGGAGCGCCCCGGAGCCUAUCUGCUCAGCCCCCUGCGGAGGCACCGUGCGCAAUGCCACCAUUGGCCGCAUCUUGGCACCAACCUCUCUGAGGAGCCCCUCGGGCAGCGUGGCUUGUGUGUGGACGGUCAGCGCCCCUGAAGGGCAGAAGCUUCACCUGCACUUUGAGAAGCUGGCACUGGGGGACAAGCAACGAAUUGUGGUCUACGGCGGAGAAUCGAACCGCUCAGCUGUGCUCUACGCUUCCCAGCAGGGCAACAACGUGCCCUUCGAAGGAGUGAUCAGCGAAGGAAACGCCUUGCGGGUCGACUUCACCUCGGAGGACCCCGACGGAGAGCCCACCUUCAACAUUCGAUUCGAAGCCUUCGAGAAGGGCCACUGCUACGAGCCCCACCUGCAGAAUGGCAACUUUACCACCUCCGAUGCCACCUACAACCUUGGGGCAAUCGUGGAGUUCACCUGCGACCCCGGGCACAGCCUGGAGCAGGGGCCAGCGGUCAUUGAGUGCAUCAACCUCAGGGACCCCUACUGGAAUGACACGGAGCCCUUGUGCAGAGCCACCUGCGGAGGAGAGCUCUCCACGGCGGCUGGAGUCAUCCUGUCCCCCAACUGGCCGGAGCCCUACACAGAGGGCGAGGACUGCAUCUGGAAGGUUCACGUGGGGGAGGAGAAGCGAAUCUUCCUGGACAUCCAGCUCCUCAACCUGAGCCAGAGUGACAUCCUCACCAUCUAUGAUGGGGAUGACCUCAACAGCCACAUCCUGGGCCAGUUCCUGGGCAGCAGCGGGCCCCAGAAGCUCUACUCCUCCACGCCCGACUUGACCAUCCAGUUCCACUCAGACCCGGCCGGCCACAUCUUCGGGAAGGGGCAGGGCUUCACCAUGAGCUACAUCGAAGCCUCGCGGAACGAGUCCUGCUCAGACCUGCCAGAAAUCCAGAACGGCUGGAAGACCACUUCUCACACCGAGCUGGUUCGCGAGGCCAGAAUUACCUACCAGUGUGACCCGGGCUACGACAUUGUGGGCAGCGACACCCUCACCUGCCAGUGGGACCUCAUCUGGAGCAGCGACCCCCCUUUCUGCGAGAAAAUCAUGUACUGCACGGACCCUGGAGAGGUGGAACACUCAACCCGCUUAAUUUCGGACCCGGUGCUCCUGGUUGGCACCACCAUCCAGUACACCUGCAACCUGGGCUUUGUGCUUGAGGGGAGCUCCCUUCUCACCUGCUACAGUCGGGAAACAGGCACCCCCAUCUGGACUUCGAGGCUGCCCCGCUGUGUGCCGGAGGAAUCCCUGGCCUGCGACAACCCAGGUCUGCCCGAAAACGGGUACCAGAUCCUCUACAAACGCCUGUACUUGCCGGGCGAGUCGCUGACCUUCAUGUGCUACGAAGGCUUCGAGCUGCUCGGGGAACUGACCCUCAAGUGCAUUUUGGGGCAGCCCUCCCGGUGGAGCGGGCCGCUCCCCACCUGCAAAGUCAACCAAGACACCUUUGAACAUGCCUUGGAAGUAGCAGAAGCUGCUGCAGAAACGUCCUUGGAGGGAGGCAACAUGGCGCUGGCCAUCUUCAUCCCUGUUCUUGUCGUUUCCUUGCUGCUGGGGGGCGCCUACGUCUACAUCACGAGAUGUCGCUACUAUUCCAGCCUGCGCCUGCCCCUCAUGUAUUCGCAUCCAUACAGCCAAAUCACGGUGGAGACGGAGUUUGACAAUCCAAUUUAUGAGACGGGGGAAACCCGGGAAUAUGAGGUGUCCAUCUGAAGCAGCCCCCGACACACACCCCACCUCAACUUCCACCCCCCAAUAUCUCCUGAAGGGACCCACUGGGAGAUGUGGGGGAAUCUGCCCGAGAGCUUGACCCUGCUGCUCUCCUUUCGCUUUCCAUCCAGCUGUGCCCACUUCUUCCUCCUCGUCUUGGUGGACCUUCCCUCGGUGGUCUCUCCGGUCUCCUGGUGGGUGCUGGGCUCAGGCUUUGCUGGCAUGGAGCUGAGCCCACUCGGCAACGCAGCCGCUCGUGUGUGGCCAGCCGCAAGGGACACCCUCGCUUGGUUCUUCUCCUGGGUCUUACGGACGUGUUUUGCAACCCUGUGGUUGAAAACUGAGGCUCCUUCCAGCGAAAGGAGUGAGACUUGGCUUGCCCACCAUGGCCAAAGCUCCGGCCUCUUGGCAGGGCAGCUCUUCUCUUGGCCUCCUCUGCGCACAGCUGGUGCCACUUCUGCCUCUGCCUGAAUGGGGCAAGGAAGCGGAGCCAUCAUGGGAAAACCCAGCAGCCCAGAGACUCUGGGGCCGCUGGCUGCCAGGGGAGACC